UCCCGGGCUGAGCUUUCGAACCGAACCGAUCGCGCGCCUCUUGGGAGCUCCGACAUCUCCCAACCGAUUCCCACGCGCCCUCGACGCCAUCGUUCCGAGACAUAUCACGCGCGGAAACACAGGUUUCCUUCAGAUAAGAAUCGCGUCCACGCGCCGCUCGAUCGAUCCAAAAUCCAUUCGUCGAACGCCAACUCUAAACUCCACGACGGUCUUCCGAUCGGAGCUUCCGAAUCGAAACCGAUCGCGCGCGCGAGAGAGCCAUGGGGAGCACGGAGAAGCUGCUGAACCAGAUCAUGGACCUCAAGUUCACGGCCAAGUCGCUGCAGCGGCAGGCCCGCAAGUGCGACAAGGAGGAGAAGGCCGAGAAGCUCAAGGUCAAGAAGGCGAUCGAGAAGGGCAACCUGGACGGCGCCCGCAUCUACGCCGAGAACGCCAUCCGCAAGCGCACCGAGCAGACGAACUACCUCCGCCUCGCCUCCCGCCUCGACGCCGUCGUCGCCCGCCUCGACUCCCAGGCCAAGAUGGCCGCCGUCAACAAGUCCAUGGCCUCCAUCGUCAAGUCCCUCGAGUCCUCUCUCGCCACCGGUAAUAUGCAGAAGAUGUCCCAGACUAUGGACCAGUUUGAGAAGCAGUUUGUAAACAUGGAGGUCCAGGCGGAGUUCAUGGAAAGUGCAAUGGCGGGAUCGACCUCACUCUCCACUCCAGAAGGAGAGGUGAACAGCUUGAUGCAACAGGUGGCUGACAAUUACGGGUUGGAGGUGUCGGUUGGUUUGCCCCAGCCGGCCACACAUGCUGUGCCGACCAAAGCGUCUGAAAAGGUCGAAGAGGGUGACCUGUCCCGGCGUCUUGCUGAGCUUAAAACUCGAGGAUGAGAAUAUUUCUUUAGGAAGUGAUGUGAGGUACACUGUAUUGGGGCUUGUUAUAAUCUGAUAAAGACUUUUUGCCAUGUAAAUUCAUCUGAAUGAGAACGUAGACGCGACUUCUUUGUCCUUGGCCACGGGUAACAUACCUUUGUUUGUAGAGCAGUGGAAAUUCGUAAUUUGGUCUAUUAGUUGAGCACA